GAAUAGGGCAAAGUCCAAAGGGUAGGUAAUAAGCCAAAUGAAUAAAAAGAUUAAUCCACCCUUCUGGAUGCAUUGGAUAGUGUCUUCUAUGCUGACAAGUGACGACUAGGACUAACGCAUGAAGAGUGAAGAGGGAAGGCAGGGAAGGAAGAAAGCAACUGAUAAAUUAUUGAAGUCACUCGGAGAAAAAAGAAACAGAACCUUCUCGCCUUAUCAUUUCAAUUCCCUCAAACACUCCAAUAACUUAAAAAAAAAAAGAAAGAGAGGAAAAUCUCUCUGUGUUCUGUCACCGGUGACCAAAACCGUAAUUUCAGGUUUUUUGUGUUUCCCUCUGUAGUAAGACUAGAGUGAUGAAGCCGCAAUCACCGGAUCGUCCGGUUCCCACUCUCUCCCCUCGCUCCCCCUUCGCCGCAUCAGCCUCCGCUUCUCACCGCAAAAUCGCCAUCGCCGUCGAUCUCAGCGACGAGAGCGCCUACGCCGUCCAGUGGGCCGUACAGAACUACCUCCGCCCUGGAGACGCCGUGAUCCUGUUGCAUGUGCGUCCCACGAGCGUGCUCUACGGCGCCGACUGGGGUUCCGUCGACUGCGGCGGCGGAGAGGAAUCCUCGGAAUCGGCGGAAUCAGAGCAGAAGAAGCGGGAGGAGGAUUUCGAUAACUUCACAGCGACGAAGGCGAGUGACCUUGCGGAACCCUUGGUGGAGGCGAAGAUCCCGUUCAAGAUCCACAUUGUGAAGGACCAUGACAUGAAGGAGAGGCUGUGCUUGGAGGUCGAGAGGUUAGGGCUUAGUGCUGUUAUCAUGGGGAGUAGGGGUUUUGGUGCUUCCAAGAGAGCUUCCAAGGGUGGAAGGUUGGGGAGUGUUAGUGAUUACUGUGUUCAUCACUGUGUUUGCCCCGUUGUGGUGGUGCGGUACCCCGACGAGAAGGACGGUGGUAACGGUGGUUUUGGUGGUGCUGGUAGUGCUCAGGGCAAGGUUGUGGAUGAAGGGGAGGUUCUUCACCCUGUGCCUGAGGAGGAGCACGAGGUUGAGGAGUAUCAUGAUGCCCAGGAUGAACACCACAAAGAUACUUGAUAAGAAGAAUAGAGAGCAAUAUCAAUAUCCUACUUACUACAGAAAGGAGUUACAGCGUUAAGGCAUGUGCCUGAAGAAGAAGGACGUGUGAAAUUUGAGAACCAUCUUGGACAAAUUAUACAUUUUAAAGCGGUUGUUUGUUUGAUUAAGCAUUUGUAUGCUUUGUACAAGUUUGUUUGGACACUGCUUCAAUGCUUCAUUGAAAGCUUUGAAUAUGCUAUCUUUCAACUUCAGUGUUUGGAAACCA